AUGGGGUUCAUUGACAUCUUGUUUUCAAUUCUAGUCAUAGUUCUAGCUGUCUUCAUUACCAAAAUUCUUGGCAACAGGGUGUUGCUAAAGAAGAAAAAGAGAUACCAUCCCAUAGGCGGCACUGUCUUCCAUCUACUACUCAACUUCAGCAGGCUGCACCAUUACCUCACUGACCUUACCUGCAAACACACAAGUUUCAGAUUGCUUGACCUUUUUGGAAGCAUAGUUUACACUGCAGACCCAGCCAACGUUGAGCAUAUUCUGAAAACAACUUUGAGAACUAUGGCAUGUGAAAUAAGAAAUCGAGUAAUUUCUAACUUGCAGAAAUUUCAUACUGAGCCCAAUUUUCCCAACAGUUUCCCUGUCUUCCUUGUUUCUCAUGAAAAUUCAGGAGGGAAAGGCCUUACCUUGGGUUGGGGAGCAUGGAUCUGGAGGCUUCAUUUGGAUUCAUGUGGAUUUGGACAGAAAACAGGAUGGUACCACUAUAGUAUUUUGACCGAUCUCCUGGGCGAUGGAAUCUUCACGGUGGAUGGCGAAAAAUGGCAGCAUCAGAGGAAGGUAUCGAGCAAUGAAUUCUCCACCAGGUUACUGAGGGACUUCAGCAGUGAAGUGUUUAGAAGCAAUGCAGCAAAACUUGCUCACACGCUAUCCCAAGUUGCGGCCUCAAAUGAAAUAAUAGAUAUCCAAGAUCAGUUCAAGAAAGCAUCCUUGCACUCUGUAUUCAAGGUCAUUCUUGGUGUAGAGCUGGAUAGCAUGUGUGGAACAAAUGAAGAAGGAACCCGGUUCUCCAAAGCUUUUGAUGAAGCAAGCACAAUAACCCUGUACUGGUAUGUCGAUAUCUUCUGGAAGAUUAAGCGAUUUCUGAAUAUUGGAUCAGAAGCAGUGUUGAGGCAGAGUAUCAAAGUCAUUGAUGAGUUCGUGUAUAAACUAAUCAGAAGCAAGAUGGAGCUAGAAUCAAAACAUGGUCCACCUAUGAAACAAGGGGACAUUUUGUCGAGAUUUCUUGAAUUGAAGGAGACAAAUCCAAAGUCCUUAAGAGACAUAGUUCUCAGUUUUAUGAUUGCUGGAAAGGACACCACAGCCUCCACUCUUUCCUGGUUUGUUUACAUGCUCUGCAAGCAUCCACACAUACAGGAAAAGAUUGCACAUGAAGUCAGAGAAGCAGCAGGGACAGAUAAUUCAACCCCUGAUGAGAUUGCAGCCAGCAUAACUGAAGAAGCCCUCGAAAAGAUGCAGUAUCUCCACGCAGCUUUGGCUGAGACUCUCAGACUCUAUCCUGCAGUUCCAGUGGAGGGGAAGCUUUGUUUUUCUGAUGAUACCUGGCCAGAUGGAUUCAGUGUGAGGAGAGGGGAUGCAGUGUCAUAUCAACCUUAUGCAAUGGGUAGGAUGAAGUUCUUAUGGGGUGAUGAUGAUGGGAAGAUUUGCCUCUCAGAUGAUACCUGGCCAGAUGGAUACAGUGUGAAGAGAGGGGAUACCGUGUUUUACCACCCUUAUGCCAUGGGUAGGAUGAAAUUCUUAUGGGGUGAUGAUGCAGAGGAAUUCCGGCCGGAGAGGUGGCUUGAUGGAGAUGGCAUUUUUCGGCAAGAAAGUUCUUUCAAGUUCACAGCCUUCAAUGUAAGGAAAAAAUUACUUUUAUUGAGCACCACAUAUUCAGAAAAUAUUCUGAAAAAAGCAUUAAGAAACAAUUCAUUUGAUAGCUGGAUGCCCAAGAAAUGCGUAGAAAAAAGAAACUGUAAAACUAUUAUUAAAUGAAAAAUACACCUCAAUUGAGCUAAACAUUUGUUUAGGCAUGGUAGGGUGGAAGUAGUUGCUUUUCUCUACUCCCCGAAAGUAUGGCAUCUGUGGUUCAAAAUUUUGAUGUCCUGUUCAACACCUUUUGUCAAAAAGGAAAAAAGUGAUGAAGAAUAUCACAAGGAACUUCUAAAUCAAAUUGUCGAUGUCAAACAGAUUUAUCUUUAAGUUCACCUAAAUUCUUCAGCAUUUUGAGGGAUGGAAAACUUACACCCAUUAUAUGGAUUGUUAUGCAGGAUAUCACAAGGAACUUCUAAAUCAAAUUGUCGAUGUCAAACAGAUUUAUCUUUAAGUUCACCUAAAUUCUUCAGCAUUUUGAGGAAUGGAAAACUUACACCCAUUAUAUCGAUUGUUAUGCAGGCAGGCCCAAGAACUUGCUUAGGGAAGGACUUUGCAUACAGGCAAAUGAAGAUAUUCUCAGCUGUCUUGCUAGGCGCCUUCAUAUUCAGGCUAAAUGAUGAAAAGAAGGUGGCCAAUUACAAGACCAAUCUUACUCUGCACAUUGAUGGGGGCCUCUACGUCCAAGCCUCCAGGAGAAUGAAAAAUGGAAGUUCCAUGGAGGCUUAAUUGCAUGUUUCUGCAUAGUUUUUGAAGGGGGAAUUGGGAUGGGGGAUGGGCUACCCCCUUCGUGUAGCUGAUGGGCCUCAUAAUUGACUGGCAUUUCAUAUGAGGGAUAUUUUAUCAGAAAUAGUGUCCCUAUCCAUGAUGAACUAAAUUUAUAGAUAACUCCAAGUUUUGAUUUAAUUCACAUGGCUUUUUUUUUAUUGAACUAUUGAGACAUAUAGUUUCAUUGCAAUUUCUGCAUGGUAGUUGAGGAGCAGACAAUUUCAAAGUGAGGAAAAGAAAUGGUGUAUAUAUGCUGUUGAAGGCUGCUAUUAUGAAUUGAAGGGACUGCAUGAAACAUUUUUUUUUUUUUUUAAAGUUAAUAUAUAUAAAGGGAAUAAAGUAAUAAUGGCCAAGGGAUGUAAAUAGAAAGCAGAGUCAUGCCAAUAGUAUGUGCAGUUCAUGUGUACGAAAUAUGAACAAUUUCAUAAUAUGGAGGAUAAAUGAUCCAUCAAAACAGAACUCAGCUAACAUGUUUCAAAUGGCCUCAGAAAUUUGCUUUGAUAAAAAGGCCAAGGAUGAAGUAAACUUUAGAAUUCUAAUAAUUGGAAACAGACCGUUUACAACACUUCUGUUUUAACAAAAUGCAAUUUACAAAAAAAAAAGUCCUAGAUUCUCCCCUCGGCAGGGUGAGGGAAGUUCAAGGAAUGUCAAAAGAGAGAAAUAAAAUUUGAAAUUUGAUCAUCAUCAUAUUCUCCUGGACAUGAAAUUGAUCACACCACAUAUGCGCAAAUGGAUUCUAUAAUGAAUUGUCAACAAGAUACAAUAGAUUGAGCCUAGUUAGUGAUAUAGAUUAUUUGCAUAUUUGCUGAAAACAUCCAAAUAUUCUAUUUUAAUAGCUUUUCAUGAUGUCGAAAAUUAUUAUAUUGGAAAACAUUUUUCAAAAAUUUAUUAUUUUUAAUGAAUGUAAAGAUAUAGUGCUGAAAAAUGAGUGGGAAGAAGAAGAGAUUCUUUAAUUGCCUGCAAAUUCUCAAGUAGAAAUUGAGCAUGUCUUCUUGAAUAUUUGUGUCUUCACAAAAUUAAAUUAACAGUUUCUCUAAGGACAGAGGAGUUGCAUCUAUUUAAAGCAACACAAUGCCCCACUAGCAUGCUAUAGCCCACUGCCCAUGCAAUGUUUACGUGUGCAUGCACAUGACCACCUUAUAAAGUCCAAGUGGGCUACCUAUGGACAACGGUAGGCCCAUACAUUAUAAGGUGCUUGAGAUGUAUGGUUAUAAACACAUAUUCAUUUUUUCCUUAGCUUUUGAAGUUGCUUUUCAGUGUAGAUGUGGGGCAACCAUUUUGUAUCUAUGUCUCAAAGGCACUGAAUAUUUGAAAAUUAUCCAACACUUUCCCACCAAUUUAAAAAUGCACAUGAGAAAAUUCGUAUAAAUCUUCAGGGAGUAAUGUUUAUAGUCCCUAUAGUGGAAUGUUACAAAUUAAUUGAAAAUCAAAGAUGUUCCAGUGCAAGUAAAUGAAAGCAAAUGAAAAAUAGUCCAUAUGCAUUUUUGGUUGGAAGCAUGUGUUAUGCUCAUGCAUGUACAUGCAUCGAUAUUUGUUAUGCAUUGGAAGUUGGAAUUAUAUUAUUUCAUGACCUCCCAAGUAAAUUGGUUAAGGAAUUUCAUUUGGGAUUUUGAAUAAUAAAUUUUAUUUGAAGGUCCAUCAAAGCAUUAUGUGAUGAUUUCUUCUCUAAAAACAACAAAUGUUUAAGAAAGUUAAAAAGAAAUAAAGUUGAGAUAUCUUGUCAUUAGAGAAAGGGUGCGAGAUAAGCGCCAAGAUGAUAAGUAGAGCCAUUGAUUAAAGUGUUGACGCCUAAAUGCAUAAUGAGCAUGCAAACUAUGUCUUAUAAUUUAUGUAUAUGCACAUUAUUGAAAAUGAAAGAUGAUGGAAAAUGAUUAUGGUGUUCGACAUUAUUGUAGAACCAUUUUUAUGAUAUGAACAUAAUUGAACAAUUCAUAGUCUUCCUCGUUAUGACUUAUCUAAAUAAAUGUUAAGCAUGUGAUAUAUGGAAGGAAUUAUGUUAGAUAUUUAACAUAAAACUGUCGUGAUCCACCUUAGUUAUUUGUUUCAUUAAGUGCACAAUGAAUGCUAAUCUAAAUAAAAGAAAUAUGUUUCUCAAUGUGAUCAUUGGAUCAAUUGGGAGAAUGUUGGAAAUUUUUAUAUAUGUGUGGGUGAUCUUCAUGAUCAAAAAGGUUGUGUGUGUCUACAUAUAAAUAAUUAAUUAAGUAGUAAGAUUUAUCUGGUACAUUGACCAAAGUCAAGUACCUUAUUUUUUGGUACGUAAGAUACAAUGACCAAAGUCAUGUAUCCAUAAUGGUUAAUGUAGAGUCUCCCGAGAUACAUUGGUAUAACGGAUAUACAUUGACCAAAGUCAUGGAUCUCAUAACCAAUGUAUCAUUAAGGGCUACAUCAAAUUUAAUUAAAGUACAUUCACUUUGGAGGAAAGGGAAGGCAUAUGUAUACAUUUAUAACUCUUUGUUGGAUUGAGUCACUAAUGGAAUUCUAUAUAUAGGACUCUUGGUCCCUCUCACCACUCAACCAAGUUUGGAAGAAUCUUCAUCAAUACGACUAAAAUAAAACUGAGUAAAGGGAGAGAGGAUCAAGUAAUUUUCAGCAUAAUAAAGACUUGAUCAACAAGAAUAGAAGGAAAGAAGGGCUAAGAUUAUGGUUUACAAAAUAAGUUGAAGAUCCUCAUGGAAAUUUUCUAACAACCACAACUAGCAAUGUGAGCAGGCCCCUCUGACUGACUUGGUCAAGCAAGCUAUUCCAGCCCAAGUUUGAAACUAUGGGAUCUGCUACACAAACACAAUAUUUUGAAGCACCUUAUGCAUUCUUUCAGGAUGAGGUUUUGUAAAUCCUACAAAACAAAGGCAAGAUUCUUUACCAAACUAACAGUCAAAUCUCUAGGCUAUCUUUCUCAGCAUGACAACUUUAGUGUAUUAUUUGGCAAGGCAGCAACUGACAAUGAUCUAGUAAUGGAAGUCAUGUAGUUAAUGAUGCCACAAGACUUAAAUUAUAACCACAAUCUUAAUAAAAAGCAGAAUAAAAAAAUUGAAUAUACUCGAGGUGAUUGCAUUUCAAAAACUGAUGGCAUUAUUCCAUUGGGUUAAGUGUUGAUUGCUUUAAAUA